UGGGAGCUGUGAGAAUGGACUGCAACAGGCUCAGAGCAGCAGCAGCAGUGCAGACGGAGGAGAGCAGCCAGGAGAGAUAGAGUCUGAGAACUUAAAAGAACAAGUGAUAAUAAUAAUAAUAAUAAUAAUAAUAAUAAUAAUAAGAAGAAGAAGAAGAAGAAGAAGAAGAGGAAAAAGAGACAGCAGGCAGUGGAGGACUAGCUGAAGUACAGGAGGAGGAGAAGAAGAAGAAGAAGAAGAAGUGUAGGAGUUCCCCGGAUUAUUAUUAAUCUCCUGAGUUGAUGAGCGUCCCCCAGCCUCUCUGACCAACAAACACUCAGGUGCGCACGCAGUGAAGACACGAGCACAUGGCUGCACUAACACUGACCAGAGCGGAUAACUUCCUGCACAACUUCCUACAGGAUCGCACCCCCAGCUCCUCUCCAGAGAGUGGCCCCAACCCGCUCUCCUUUCUGGCCACCACGUGCACCCAGGCUUGGCAGGUGGGCGGGAGCGUGGGCUCCGAGGGGCCUCAGUUCCCCUAUGAGGGCGCGGUGGGUUCGGCGUCCAGCAUGUUUCAGCUGUGGAGCAACGAGAUGGCGCCCAACUCGGGCCUGAGCGCCCACCAGAUGGCCUUCACCGUGCCCAAGGUGCAGUUCCCCGGCCACGUGCAGACGGGCCUGGGCGCGCACUCGCUCCACCAUCACCACCACCACCAUCACCACCACCACGAGCUGCCCCUCACGCCCCCGGCCGAGCCGCCUGCCACCUACUCCUUCGAGCUGUCUCCGGUCAAGAUGCUGUCCACCCAGGCCCAGGGGAACGCUCAGUACUACGCCCAGCACAAUGCCAUGGGCCAGAACUUUCCCAGCUUUCUGCAGACCAACUCAGCCAGGCCUCCACACCUAACUGGAGGUUCUGCUGAUGAAAGCCAGCAGUGGUGGAGUCUGCCACAAGGCAACGGUGCUCCCUCCGGCCACCACUUCUCUCUAGGAAGGCAGCUGGUUCUAGGGCACCAGCCUCAGAUCGCAGCCCUGCUGCAGGGAACCUCCAAGAGCCUGCUGAGCUCCACCCGCCGCUGCCGCCGCUGCAAGUGCCCCAACUGCCAAACCUCAGGGGGCAGCAGCCUGGAAUUCGGCAAAAAGAGACUGCACAUCUGCCACAUUCCAGAGUGCGGCAAGGUCUACAAGAAGACGUCACAUUUGAAGGCGCACCUGCGCUGGCAUGCAGGCGAGCGCCCCUUCGUCUGCAACUGGCUCUUCUGCGGUAAGAGCUUCACCCGCUCUGACGAGCUGCAGCGGCACCUGCGGACGCACACCGGCGAGAAGCGAUUCGGCUGCCAGCAGUGCGGCAAGAGGUUUAUGCGCAGCGACCACCUGUCCAAGCACGUCAAGACCCACCAGGGCAGGAAGGGACGGUCCGGACAGACGGUUUCAGUCGACCCACAGCUCAGCAACAUCAAGAGAGAGUGAGGGAACCGGGGACGUGCCGGGGACAGACCAGGGACAGGUCUUUCUGAGAGACUUUAAAGAUGCCCAGACUCUUAGAGAGACUGAACAGAGAGAAACGAAGCCAUAUAGAAGAGCCUGCCUCAUUCUGUAGCAGGUGAACAGUGUGGAGGUUCUGAGACUGAGGCCUGAUUAAGAUGCCUGAUUUGUCUGGAGUUCUGCAUGGUUUACAGGCCCUCUACUAUAGAGACAAAGAGGAAGGACACUGGAGCAGUGCACACACUUCCACACCCGCCACAGGUCUUCAGCUGGUCUCUAUAAUUAUACAAAAAUAAUAAUAAAGAAUCUAAAUAAUAAUAAAGACUUAAGGAGGCCCAAUUCAGUCGGUACCAGUUUGAAGAACAGGAGAGUUAGUGCAGGACAAUAAGAGAAAUGAUACAUCUUUGCACAAAUCAAUCAACAAUGGAAUUUUACAUGCAUUAAAACCUGUACAAGCACAAUAUAGACGAGAACAAAUAUUUAUAAAUUAUAAAUUCGUUUUAAUUUUCUUUUCUUUAUUUUUAUUUUUUACAGAAAUGUUGCCUUAACAUGAAAUGUUUCCUUUGGUCACUUUUAGGCCUGUCACUAUAAUUAAAAUUAUGAUUAUAUUAUAGUAAAAAAAAUAAAAGAAUGUGGACAUGAACUCAAUAAAUAAAAAAAAAGCUUUAAUUUUACUAAAAAAAUAAAUAAAAUCCAAUUUCAAUCUCUGAAAAUUUGUAAAGAGUGUAAUUACAUUAUUAUGCUGUUAUGUGAUUAUUAUCCUAUAUCACUGACAUGAAAUGGUCUUAAAAUGACUUGGUCCUAAAAUAUUUUUUUUUGUUUAAUGCAAAAAUAUAUACUUUCAAACAAUAUAUUGUCCAUAUAAAAAUGGUGACAAAAUCGUGACAGGCCUAGUCACUUUUAUUCAUUUUUUAUUUUUUGUUUGUUUUUGUUUGUUUGUUUCUGUGAAAUCUACUGUAGACUUUUAUUAUGAAGAAUCUGCAAUUCUUUAUUCAUUCUCCUUCCGUUUAAAGUUUGAAGCAGUGAUUUGCACUCAGAACAUUCCUUUUUCUUUUUCCAUUUACUGUUUUUCAGUCUAUCCUCCUGAGUGUAUACACUCAGUGUAUAUAAUGUUCAUAUGGCAGCACACAGUUCUAUGAAAGAUUAAGGAAGCAUGUGAAAAACUGAAUAAAAAAGAUAAAAAUAAUAAAUAAUUGGUUAAAUCUGA